AUGGGCGCAUUCGGGGACUUCGCCGACAUAUGUCGCAUAGCGCCUAUCCCUCUUUGUGCGUCAGUUGGCCCGAUAACAUCGAUCGCCAGCGGCGUCGGCAUUGAGCCGGAUUGCUAUGCGCGCAACAUUGAGGUGGCCAACACCAUCAUUUUCCAGGGCGCGGCGAGCGUGAUGCAUAUUGUUGCGCUGGUCAUGACGGUGGUUAUGCUGUUGCAUGUGAGGGGGAAGUUUACUGCUGUUGGCCGCAAGGAAAUCACCACCUUCUUCUACCUAUACAUGAUCCUCACCUUCCUGUCCCUGUGCAUCGAUGCCGGCGUCAUCCCCCCACACUCCGGUUCCUACCCUUACUUUGUCGCCGUGCAAGCUGGUCUCUCCUCCGCCUUGGUCACCUGCCUAGUCAUCAACGGCUUCGUCGGCUUCCAGCUCUACGAGGACGGCACUCCUCUGUCGUUGUGGAUGCUCCGCCUCAGCUCCUUCAUCGCAUUCGUCAUCUCCUUCCUCGUCAGCCUGGCCACGUUCAAGUCCUGGGUUGGCUUAGGCCCCACUAACACUGUCGGCAUCUUCAUCGUGCUCUACCUGCUCAAUGCCAUCCAGCUUGCAAUCUAUGUCCUGAUGCAGAUCAUCCUCGUCACCCGCACCCUCCAGGACCGCUGGCCGCUGGGCGACAUCGCCUUCGGCGUCUUCUUCUUCAUCGCCGGCCAGGUCCUCCUCUACGCCUUCAGCUCGCGCAUCUGCGAAGGCAUCUCGCACUACCUCGACGGCCUCUUCUUCGCCACGACGUGCAACCUGCUGGCGGUGAUGAUGGUGUACAAGUACUGGGACUCGAUCACCAAGGAGGACUUGGAGUUCUCGGUGGGCAUCAGGAUGAACAACUGGGAGGUCAAGGAGCUGUUGCCACAGGGCCCGGAGGAGGACAGGAGGGCGACGGUCUAUGCGGAUCCGAUUUACGAGGGACAUCAUUACCCUCCUGGACCGGGAACGGGCAGUGGUGCGAGUGCGAGCGGGUAUGAGGGUGGACAUCACAGGCGGGAGAGCCAUGGGUAUACGCCUAGUCCCAACAGGCAGUCUUUGAGGUAUUAG